AUGGAUGACUGCCCAUCUCAAGGUUCAAACCUGCGAAACUUUUUUUUUUUUCCUUCGGAAUAAUCAAAUUCAUUAAGAGUAUAUCAAAUAAUGAAACCCAAAAAAAAUGCUCCAUAGCCAUAUUGGUUAAAACAUUAGAAUCAAUAAAUGGGAUCAUGUACACAAAUAAUGUGCCCCCAUCGAGUUGCAUUCAUCUUUUUUAUAGGGUAUCGAGUUGUAUUCAUAAGCCAAGUAACUACAUAUUGUCAAGACCAGAUGACCCUUCUCUUUUGGGUAGGGAGCACACAACCUUUCUUAUAAUAAAAAAUUAUAGUUUGCUGUCAUAGAUAACCAUCGAUGAUGAUAAAUAUUCAAAACUCUGCCUUUGUUAUCUGAUAAAAUAAUACGUAUUUAUGUUGUUGGCAGGCAUUUGUGUCUUUAUUUGAUCAAACAUAGUCAUUCUUGUUUCGUAUCACAGGUUCAAAAUUCCACACCAUUUCUGGCGCCUCUCAUUGUAGUCGAGAGGGAGUUUCUUGUGCUGUUAUUUUCCAGGUUGCUUCUGGGUAAAGUUCUUUUACUGUUUUCUCGGGUUGGCUUCCGCCUGUGACAUUCGGGAUUCUGCUAUCAUAACAAGAAAUGUCCAUUGUAGCUGAAUUACCAGGUUACCUUCAAGUCUUGUCUGAUGGAUCUGUAAAACGCUUUGCGCGUGAGAUUGUCCCAGCCUCGUCAGAAUCAAUCAACGGAUACAAGUCCAAGGAUGUGAUUAUUGACACAUCAAAGCCAAUCACAGGAAGGUUAUUUCUUCCGGGUACCCUUAGUAUUGGGUCCUCAGAUCAUAAGCUUCCUGUUAUAGUUCAUUUUCAUGGUGGUGGUUUUUGCUUCGGAUCCGCUACAUCGGUUGGCAGCCAUAAUUUCUUGGGAGAUUUGUGUAUCGCAUCCCAAUCCAUCGUUCUCUCUGUUGACUAUCGUCUAGCUCCAGAAAAUCGUCUCCCCAUAGCUUAUGAAGAUUGUUGUAGCUCAUUGGAUUGGCUUGGCCACCAGGUAAGCUCUGAGCCAUGGCUUGAGCAGGCUGACCUUUCUCGUGUGUUUCUGUCAGGGGACAGUGCUGGAGGAAACAUUGUACACAAUGUUGCUAUGAAAGCCAUUCAGAACAACAAUUGUCCCGUCAAAAUCAAGGGUCUAUUGCCGAUACACCCUUAUUUUGGGAGUGAGCAGAAGACCGAGAAAGAGAAGUCCGAGGGAGCAGCAAGAGAUUUUGCAAACAUUGACUUGUGUUGGAGAUUAAGUAUACCAGAAGGCUCAAAUCGUGAUUAUUAUGGUUGUAAUUUUGAGAAGGCAGAACUGUCUGCAGCUGAAUGGAGCCACUUCCCUGGUGUGAUGGUUUUUGUGGCUGGCUUGGAUUUCUUGAAGGAAAGGGGAGUAAUGUAUGCAGAAUUCCUACAGAAGAAAGGUGUAAAAGUGGUGAGACUGGUGGAGGCUGAGGGUGAGGCGCAUGUUUUUCAUGUGUUGUAUCCUAAAUCUGAUGCGACUCGCUUGCUCCAACAGCAAAUGAGCGAGUUCAUGAAGAGCUCUUAACCUCCUCCUAAACGGACUGAAGAAUUUAUGGUCCUCUAUUAUUGUCUUUGGAGCUCUAAAUAUAUAAAUGAAUGAAAAAGGCUAUUUUUAGCAAUGCAUUGCAUGCAUGGCAACACA